AUGGCUGCAGCAGAGGUCUCUGGAAGUGCUCGCACCGCUGGCGGUAGCUGCAGCUCAGAGGCCAUGGAGCGGGUCCUGCCCAUGUUGCUUGUGCCGAUCCCCGCUGAAGCAACGGGGCAGCUGGGAUCCCGGGCACAGCUGCAUGGAGAUCAGGAGGUUCUGGGGAGCCUAACGGCUGCGGGCAGCCUCCAAGUGCUUUCCUUGGCGCCGGGUGCCCGGGGCGGGGGCGGCUGCUGCCUGGGGGGCCCGUUUCAGCAAUUUGUAUGGGAGAGUUCUAACAGCAGUACACCAACAGAUAAGCCCAAAUUGCUAACACUUAGUGAAGCAUAUGAGUUGUUCAUCUAUGAAUUUAAUUUGGAAGAUGGAAGAUGUGAUGCAACCAUUUUGUAUAGCUGUAAUGGGGAGACAUUACAAAAUCUCAUUGAAGAUCAAAGUAUCAGUAGUUCUUCAUCAUCUUUGCGAAUUCUGUCAUAUCACAAUAACACAUCAUUAUUGUUCAUCAAUAAAUGUGUUGUCCUGCACAUUCUAUUUCCUGAAAGAGAUGCUGAGAUUAGAGUCCUCAACUGUUUCACAUUACCCUUGCCUGCACAGGCAGUGGACGGAAUUAUUGACACACAGUUAUGCAGAGGAGUUCUUUUUCUUUUGAAUAGUUUAGGCUGGAUAUAUAUUUUUGACAUUGUGGAUGGUACACAGGUAGCACAUGUGGAUUUAGCACUUCAUCAAGAAGAUACACGUAAUGAGCAACAACAGGAGCCAGCCAAGAUGUCUUCCUUUACUUCACUGAAAGUGUCUCGAGACCUUGAUAUUGUUGUGAUUGUUAGCUCCUCCAACUCUGCAAUUGCUCUUAACUUAAAUUUGUAUUUCAGGCAAUAUCCAGGACACCUACUGUGUGAAAGAAGGCUAGAAGAUCUUCCUAUUCAAGGACCUAAAGGAGUAGAUGAAGACGAUCCUGUUAACUCUGACUAUAACAUGGAACUGACCAAGUUUUCUUUCCGAGUUGAUAGGUCUUGGAAAGCUCAACUAUCAUCAUUGAAUGAAACAAUAAAGAGGUCCAAACUGGAGGUGUCCCACUGUCCUCCAUGGUUCCAGGAUCUUUUGCAUUUGGAAUCUUCUGAAUCUGGUAAUUGUGGUACCAGUGUGCCAAGCUGGGCCUUCAUUCCACAGGACACAUGUGGCCUGUAUAAUUUUCCGUGGAAAGAUGGUCAUGCUAAGAGCUAUCAUCCAGGAAGUUCCUGGAAGAUAAUGAAUGUCAGUGAACAAGAGGAACCCAGAGAGCUUGAAUGUAUGUCUGUGACAGGACUCACUGCAUUGUUUAUUCAGGCAGUGGAAAAGACAGGCUGUACCAUUGUCCUAUGGGAUUUGGAGACAAAGGGCGUGCAGUAUUUUCCCCUUGGCAAAAAAUGUAUUCCUGUAGAGAGUAAUGGAGACCAGCAGCUGUGCCUAGUUUUGACAGAAAAUGGACUCUCUCUGAUUUUGUUUGGUUUGACUCAAGAGGAGUUUUUAAAUAGACUAAUGAUCCAUGGAAGUGCCAGCACCGUGGACUCUCUUUGUCAUCUUAAUGCUUGGGGGAGGUGCUCAAUCCCCAUACAUGCACUAGAGGCUGGGAUAGAAAAUCGUCAGCUGGACACAGUAGAUUUCUUUUUAAAGAGCAAAGAAAAUCUUCUGAAUCCAUCCUCACAUUCUUCUAUGCUUGAUCAGUUUGAUUGCUUGUCAUCUGAUAUAUAUUUAAGAAAUGUGAAAGAACUAACACCAGCAUUGGAUUUACUUUGCUCAGCAAUUAGAGAAAGUGAUUCUGAGACCCAGAGCAAACACUUUUCAGAACAAUUACUUAACCUUACAUUGUCUUUCCUUAACAAACAAGUGAAAGAACUUUUUGUUCACACUGAAGAGCUAGACGAAUAUCUACAGGAAGGAAUAAACAUUUUGACCAGCUACAUUAAUGAGCUUCGAACCUUCAUGAUAAAAUUUCCUUGGAAACAAAUAGAUAUUUUGGAUGAAUAUCAUAUAAAUGAAAAUGUCCCUGAAGUAAAGGAAAGUGAUAUGUGGGAGAAACUCAGCUUUGAGGAUGUUAUUGCCAGUGCCAUUUUAAACAACAAAAUACCAGAGGCACAAACCUUCCUCAGGAUUAAUAAUCAUCCUGCUCAAAGACUCGAGGAGCUGAUUAAAAUAGGACUAGAUUUGGUCUUUGACAAUUUAAAAAAGAACAACAUAGAGGAAUCCUCUGAGCUUUUAAAGAAUAUGGGUUUUGAUGUAAAAGAUCAACUGCUCAAGAUAUGCUUCUAUACAACUGAUAAAAAUAUACGGGACUAUUUGGUUGAAAUUUUAAAAGAAAAAGAUUAUUUUUCUGAAAGUGAAAAAAGAAUGAUAGAUUUUGUGCAUCAGGUUGAGAAGUUUUAUUUGGAACAGUCCCAAGAAAAUGUGCAGAUCCAGUCCUUUCCCAGGUAUUGGAUAAAGGAACAAGAUUUUUCCAAGCAUAAAUCUGUUUUGGACUCAGUCCUGAAAUAUCAUAAAGAUGAGUUUAACAAACCAGACUACAGAAUUGUGUUAAAUUGGGCUCAGUGGUGGGACCAACACACACAAGAAUCCAUCCUCCUUCCCAGGAUAAGUAUAGAAGACUACAAAUCUUACUCUCCCAAAGCCCUCUGGAGAUACCUCACAGCUCGCCAUGAUUGGUUAAACAUUAACUUGUGGAUCACAGAAUUUCAGACCCAGAAUGGUUGUACUUCAGUUCAGCAGAACAGAUGGCCCCCUCUCACUGUUGAUGUUAUUGAUCAGAAUACUUGCUGCAGCAUCUACAUGAGGAAUGAAAUUUUAGAUAAGCUGGCCAGGAGUGGAAUAUUUCUUACAUCUGAACUGGAAGACUUUGAACUCUUCCUCCUAAGACUGAGCCGAAUUGGGGGUGUGAUACAAGAUACCCUCCCUGUUCAAAACUACAGGACCAAAGAAGGCUGGGAUUUCCAUUCUCACUUCAUUCUCUAUUGUUUGGAACACAGUCUGCAGCAUCUUCUUUAUGUCUACCUUGACUUUUACAAACUUAGUCCUCCAAAUUGUCCCUUUUUGGAAAAAAAAGAACUACAUGAAGCUUACCCAUGGUUUGAAUUUUUAGUUCAAUGUCGACAAGUUUCCAGUAAUUUAACGGAUCCCAAACUGAUCUUCCAGGCUAGCCUUGCAAAUGCUCAGAUACUGAUUCCCAGCAAUCAGGCCAGUGUAAGCAGUAUGCUGUUAGAAGGACAUACCAUCCUGGCCCUUGCUACUACAAUGUAUGCUCCUGGGGGUGUCAGCCAGGUUAUUCAGAAUGAAGAAAAUGAGAACUGUUUGAAGAAAGUGGAUCCCCAGCUACUGAAGAUGGCACUAACUCCUUACCCCAAGCUAAAAACCGCUCUCUUCCCACAGUACACUGCUCCUAAUAUCCUGCCACAUGAUAUUACACUCUACCAUCUUAUUCAGUCGUUAUUGCCCUUUGAUCCUAGCAGAUUGUUUGGCUGGCAGUCUGCCAACACACUAGCUAUAGGAGAUGCAUCAGGUGAUCUCCCACAUUUCGCUAGACCUGACCUUGUUAAUAAAUAUGCUGUAGUGGAGCGUCUCAGUUUUGCUUAUUAUUUGCAUCAUGGACGGCCAUCAUGUGCAUUUGGUACUUUCCUAGUCCAAGAAUUAACCAAGAGCAAAACUCCCAAGCAGCUGAUUCAGCAAGUAGGCAAUGAAGCCUAUGUUUUAGGGCUCACCUCCUUCUACAUACCUUCAAUUGGAGCUGCCUGUGUUUGUUUCUUAGAGUUGCUUGGCCUUGACAGCCUCAAGCUCAGAGUUGAUAUGAAAGUGGCCAAUAUAAUUUUGAGCUACAAAUGUGGAAGUGAAGAUGCUCAGUACAACUUCAUCAGAGAAUCUCUAGCUGAAAAACUCUCUAAACUGGCUGAUGGUGAAAAGGCAGCCACAGAAGAAUUGCUUGUUCUUGUGGAGGAAGGUACAUGGAGCAAUAUCCAGCAGCAAGAAAUAAAGAGAGUAUCCAGUGAUGCUGGCAGCCAGUGGGCAUUAGUGGUACAGUUCUGCAGGCUCCACAGUGUGAAACUGAGCACAUCUUACCUCACAGAAUGUGCCAAAGCAAAUGACUGGCUGCAGUUCAUUAUUCACAGCCAGCUCCAUGACUACCAUCCAGAGGAGGUGAAAUCCCUGCUGCAGUGUUUCAGCCCAGUUCUCAGAGACCACUUACAGCUGGCUUUUGAGAACUUGCCCUCAGUGUCCACCUCCAGAAUGAAUAGUGAUCAGGUCUGUACCACAUCCCGCCAGCAGCACCAGAAAAACAAAGAACAGAAGACUGAUUUCUUUGAAAUUUUGCUCCAGUGCUCAGAGGAGCCAAACUCCUGGUGCUGGCUACUGGCUGAAGCAGUGAAACAACAGGCCCCUAUCCUGAGUGUCCUGGCCUCAUGUCUCCAGGAUGCCAAUGCUAUUCCUUGUCUUUGUGUUUGGAUUGUCACAUCUGUGGAGGACAGUGUUGCUGCUGAAGCAGUGGGACACAUUGAGGGUUUGAUAGAAGGCCAUACUUGGGACCUGGAGGACCUCUCGGCCAUCUGGAGAACGUUAUUAACCAGGCAGAAAAGCAAAACUCUCAUCAGAGGUUUCCAACUUUUCUCUAAGGAUUCACCGUUAUUGUUGAUGAUGGAGAUGUAUGAACUGUGUAUGUUCUUCAAGAACUAUAAGGAAGCCAAAGCCAAACUUCUGGAGUUCCAGAAGAGCCUUGAAACUCUUGAAGCGGCAGCCACAAAGGUCCGUCCUCUCACCCCUGCCUCAUGGUUGAAGGAGCAGGUGUGUUUUCUUUUGAAGCUUAUGCUGCAGCAGUGUAGGACCCAGUAUGAACUGGAGAAACUUCUACAGCUGUUUAUUGAAAUAGAGCAUCUCUUCUCUGAUGGUCCAGAUGUGAAAAAGCUGUAUGCCCUCAGCCAAAUUUUGAAGGAUACAUCCAUAGCCAUUGAUCAUGUAAUUAUUACAAGCUAUAGCAUGGAGAAUUUUCAGCAUGAAUGUAGAUCCAUUUUGGAAAGACUGCAGACAGAUGGACAGUUUGCUGUGGCCAGGAGGGUAGCAGAAUUAGCUGAGUUACCUGUGGACAACUUGAUUAUUGAAGAGAUAACUCAGGAAAUGCAGACCCUAAAACACACUGAACAGUGGUUCCUAAAACAAGCAAGAAUUGACUUCUGGAAAAAAUGCCAUGAGAAUUUUAAGAAAAAUUCCAUUUCUAGCAAAGCAGCUUCCUCCUUUUUCUCAUCCCAGGCCCUUGUGGCGUGUGUGUCUCCAACUGAGGAGCAGCAGAGCAGCAUUGAGGAACGUCCUCUGCUGCUUACCCUGGCAGGGCACUGGCUUGCCCAGGAGGACCCGGUGCCCGUGGACGAGCUGGAGGAGCUAGAGAAGCAGAUCUGGCUCUGUCGCAUCAGCCAGCACACCCUUGGAGGAAGCCAGGAGGAAGUAGACACCACAUUCUCUAGACAAAUACCAGCUAAUGGUGAAUUUUCCUUUGGUAGCUUAGCCAGUGAGUUUUCCUUCUCCAAGUUGGCUGCUCUGAACACGUCAAAAUACUUAGAACUUAAUGGUCUUCCAUCCAAAGAUUCAUGUGAGAAUAGACUGAAUUGGAAGGAGGAAGAGGCACUAAACCUUUUGAUUGGGCGUCUGUUAGAGGAUGGUUGUGUACAUGAAGCAAGUAGAGUGUGCCGGUAUUUUUGUUUCUACAACCGAGAUGUUGUCCUGGUGUUGCACUGCAGAGCACUGGCCUCAGGGGAGGCUGGGGUGGAUGACCUGCACCCAGAGAUCCGUGCUCUCCUACAAAGUGCCGAGCUGCUGGAGGAGGAAGAGUCUGGCAUUCCUCUGAGAAAAGUCCAAAGCACUACAAGUUUGGAUAGUCAGUCCUUUGUGAUGGUGCCCCCCAGUGAUGAAGUGGUGACUGACCUAGAAACUCUGACAAGCAAAUGCCUCCAUGGGAAGAACUACUGCCGGCAAGUCCUCUGUCUGUAUGAACUUGCCAAGGAGCUGGGCUGUUCCUAUGCAGAUGUCGCCACUCAGGAUGGAGAGGCUGUGCUGCGGGCAAUCUUGGCCUCUCGGCAGCCAGACCGAUGCAAGCGGGCCCAGGCCUUCAUUAGCACACAGGGCCUCAAGCCAGACACCGUGGCUGAACUGGUGGCCGAAGAGGUGACAAGGGAGCUGCUGACCUCAUCAGAGGGAACAGGACAUAAGCUGAUGUUCAACCCUGCAGAGGAAAGCCAGAUAUUUCUCCAGCUGACCAUGCUGUGUCAAGACCGUACAUUAGUAGGCAUGAAAUUGUUGGAUAAGAUUUCCUCCGUUCCCCAUGGAGAAUUGUCCUGCACCACAGAGCUGCUGAUCCUGGCCCAUCAUUGCUUCACUUUGACAUGCCAUAUGGAGGGCAUCACCCGAGUCCUUCGAGCCGCCCGCCUGCUCACAGACAACCACUUGGCCCUCAAUGAGGAGUAUGGGCUGGUGGUACGUCUCCUCACUGGCAUUGGAAGGUACAACGAGAUGACAUAUGUAUUUGAUUUGCUGCAUAAAAAGCACUACUUCGAAGUGCUGAUGAGGAAGAAGUUGGAUCCGAGUGGCACCCUGAAGACAGCCCUUCUUGACUACAUCAAACGCUGCCGUCCUGGGGACAGUGAGAAGCACAACAUGAUUGCCCUUUGUUUCAGCAUGUGCCGGGAGAUAGGCGAGAACCAUGAAGCAGCUGCCUGCAUCCAACUGAAAUUGAUUGAGUCUCAGCCCUGGGAGGAAAGCCUCAAAGAUGGGCACAAGCUGAAGCAGCUGUUGCUGAAGGCCCUGACGCUGAUGCUGGAUGCUGCAGAGAGUUAUGCCAAGGACUUCUGUGUGAGACAGGCCCUACGCUGUCAUCAGCUCACUAAGUUGAUAACAUUGCAGAUUCACUUUCUGAACACUGGCCAGAACAUCAUGCUCGUCAACCUGGGCCGCCACAGGCUGAUGGACUGCAUCAUGGCCCUACCUCGGUUCUACCAGGCUUCCAUUGUGGCCCAGGCCUAUGACUUUGUUCCAGAUUGGGUUGAAAUUCUGUACCAACAAGUGAUUCUUAAAGGCAACUUUAAUUACUUGGAAGAAUUUAAGCAGCAGAGGUUACUAAGAUCCAGUAUAUUCGAAGAGAUUUCAAAAAAAUACAAAAAACAUCAGCCUACUGACAUGAUGGUGAAAAACCUGAAGAAGUUACUCACAUAUUGUGAAGAUGUCUAUCUGUAUUACAAGCUGGCAUAUGAACACAAAUUUUAUGAUGUUGUAAACAUGCUUCUGAAGGACUCUCAGACAGGAUGCUGUCUAAAGGACAUGCUGGCAGGUUAG